CACCCACACCCACAUCUGCACUUGCAUCCCGUUCUUGCACGCGCUCGCGCUAACGUUCGUCGACACCGGUGCAUCAACCGCAGCAGCAUGCACCCAACACCGAUGGACCAAGGCUCGGCUCCGCUCUCGCCACCGGCCUCGCCUCAGCUCCGGCAGCUUCACGUCGAGCCCCUUCAGUCGACCUUCAGCGUAGCGGCUCUGCUUGGUGAGAAGCUCCAGAACGUAAGCAACAAUAAUAAUGUCCCCGCAAUGUGUUGUAAGCUCGGCAACGACCAGCUGGCCUUGCCACCCACGCCUCAGCCGUCGGAUUCCGAAGAGGACGAGCCGCCGUGGAAGCGGCAGUGCCUCGAGCUCACUAAGCAGCGGCGGCAGCAGCGUCACGAUGGGGCGGGAUACGAGGCCCCGGCAAUCCCGGAAGCGGUUGCUCGGGUAUCCGUCAUUAUGCGAGCGAACCGUGACGGCACCUGCAGCCCGGCCAAUAUCGCAGUUCCCGGUCUACCCAUCACUAUGCCCAAGACAACUACGUCAAAGCCGAGAACCGACUCGCUAAACUAUUACACGGGCACCACCGAGAAUAUUCUCAAGAGUCUCAAGUUCAAGAUGAGCUUACGCAAAGAGGAGAUUAUCGUCAAUAACAAAAAUACCGAUCGUGAAUUUGGUCCCGAAUCGUCGAAAAACUCCGCUCAAUCGAAGCUCCUGCCAUUGGCGCCAAAACCCGCUCCGAUCGUUGUCACCAGCCUCCUCGGCUCCUCGCUCGUCCUGCCCCGCACGCCCUUGCUCCUCGUGGCUGCUGGCGGGGCUACGGGUGCCGGUAGCGGCUCGGGCGCCACGACGAGGCCUUCCUCGGGUCCCUCGCCCGCCGACUUCUCCGCCCGUCGACGCGUCUACGAGUGCGAGUACCCGGGCUGCGGCAAAAACUACUUCAAGUCCUCGCACCUCAAGGCCCACACGCGCACCCACACCGGCGAGCGACCGUUCCCCUGCCCCUACGAGGACUGCGCCCGUAGAUUCUCCAGAAGCGACGAGCUCUCGAGGCACAAGCGCACCCACACCGGCGAGAAGAAAUUCGCCUGCGUCGUCUGCCAGCGGCGCUUCAUGCGCAGCGACCACCUCGCCAAGCACGUAAAGAGGCACGCGAGGGAUCGCGGUACGAGCGUCGGGAGCUCCGUAUCGGCCGGUCUCGGCCAAGUCGCCGGACCCGCGGCGACGCCCCUCCGACUUAGCCUCCUUCCGCUCAUCGCUCCCAAGGUCCCGCAACAACAGCAACAGCAACACCAACAACGGACACUCGCCGCGGCGUGAUA